AUGAGUUCUACUUUGAUCCUGAUCUUGAUGCUCACUGCAAAUGUGUUGGCUGAAAGUGGAUCGGAUUCUCGAAUGUGUAAAUGUCCAAUGUUGAAACAAGUCGACGCAGAAGUAUACGGGCAGAUGAGAGGAUCAACUAAGGACAUCCCCAUGUUUGCUUCGUUGGAUAUUGACUAUGGAGACAACUGCACUUCAGUCACCAUCACUUGCAAAUAUCCAAGAUUCACAAGACACCGUUCAUCCGUUUAUUACACAAACGGAGCCAACUUCUCAACUGUCCGCCGCUAUGAUCUUGCUGACAAGUACAGUAUUCGUUGCAAUCAGCUCACUGGAGUAUGGCUGUCGGAAGAAAACUCGGAGAUAACCUAUAUCCAAUGCGCCUAUCGUCCAAUGCUUGUCAACAAAGUCGUCUCGGGAGUAUGGGAAGAAUUGGUCCGUCUAUACAAGAUGAUUGUUAAUGUUAUCAAAGUUAACUUUGGGUUCGCCAAGUUCAUUGUUGGUUUUGAUUAA